CUCAACACAACCUCCACCCGUCGAGCUGGCAACCUCCCGAUGCUCAUACCACCAAGCCCGACUAGACAAUUAUCUUUACGUUUAGACUUCAAGCCCACGGCUAGGUAAUUGUCUAAAACAUUUAAUACAACAAUACCAAAUUAAAAUAUAUUCGCAUGUUUCCCAAGUUCCUCCUCCCAACGGCCGUCUUCCGCCCUAGACCGUCAAAUGCGGGGGAGCGGCCAUCCGUCUCUUCUAGUACCACGAGCGCCUCGCUAGAUGAGGAGGACCCAACAGACAAAUAUCUGAGUGGCCAUGUAUCUUGCAUCCGCUGCUCUCGCUGUGCUGCGGAUCUUUGCUUGACGUCCCAGAUAAUCAGCAAAGGCUUCACCGGUCGCCAUGGCAGGGCGUACCUUGUUUCAGCAGAUCCCGUUGCCUCGGCCGUCUCUGUCCAUGUGUCCUCCUCACCCACGGAGUCGCUUCCAAACACGUUCAUUCAAAAACCCGUCCCUCGUCAGUUAGUCACCGGGGCACACACGGUCAGCGAUAUCACCUGCGCUUUCUGCGGGAGUGUCCUCGGUUGGAAAUACGUUGCUGCCGAAGAGAAGUCCCAACGGUACAAAGUUGGAAAGUUUAUAUUGGAGACGAGGAGGAUCACAACGUCUUCGUCUUGGGAAUCGCCCUCUUACUCGGACUCGUCUGCCAUUUCCCCCACCCCGGGCCCCCAGGAGACAAAGCUGGAGACACCAGAUGAGGGCGUCGAGUUUGAUAGCCAGGACGAGGAUGAAUGCGAGGACCUGUUUGCUGGGAUAUGGAACCCUGGUCUGGCAAUACGCCGGAGAAGUCGGAAGUUGGAUUGCCAACCCUCAAUGUUUGGAUUGUCCUCUUGAGAAUGCCAGUAUGGUGCAGGCUGAUUUUAGUAUCGAGAUAAUCUUUGGAUAGACGAGUUUUGUUUGGUUUUGGGGUUUUGGUACAGCUUGUCAUCUCAGAUUCAAUAGCCCUACGUUUGCCUACAUGGCAGUAGUAAUAGUAAUGCCAAUUAGUCAAAUACAGAUACCCC